UCGAUAGAAUACUGCGCAUAAAAUCGUUUCGCCAGUCCCACAGUGCACUGUUACCUUUAAUUCGCUUAAGGCCAAUCAAUUGUCUGAAAUCGAGUGAUACCAAAGCUAGUUAGUUUAACCGGACAUCGAGAAGCUCUACAUCGUGCAGUGAAGAACCGUCAAAUUUUGGGAAAAAAACCCAUUUCUGUUACCAAAUUCAGUCGCGAGUUUGUGCCAGGAAUUUGAAUCGAUAAUCGGGGAGGCUGUAAACACAAGGCCCCCUUCCAAAGAAAACUUUCGCAGAGCGCAGCAGCAGGAGUCAUGUCUUAUCGCUUGAAGGCCACCAAAUGCCCCACGGACGAGCUCUCGCUCACCAAUCGAGCCAUUGUCAAUGUGGGGGACUUUCCCGACGAUGUGAAGUACGCGGACAUCUCUCCGGCUCCCGGGCAGCACUUCAUCUUUGCCCUGGAGAAGACGGUGGAGGUGCCCCGCGGCUAUGUGGGCUUCUCCCUGGUGCAGCGCAAGUGGGCGAUGGUGUCCAUCAAUCAGGAGCUGGAGGUGCGACCUUACCGUUUCGACGCCAGCUCUGAUGUCAUUACCUGUGUGUCCUUCGAGACGGACUUUCUGCAGAAGAAAACCGUGUCCCAGGAGCCCUACGACUCAGACCUGAUGGCCAAGGAGUUCAUUAUGCAGUUCGCCGGCAUGGCCCUCACCGUGGGUCAGUCUCUGGUGUUCAACUUCAAGGAUAAGAAGCUGCUGGGCCUGGCCGUCAAGUCGCUGGAGGCCAUCGACCCGAAGACACUGGGAGAGGGCAAGGAGGCUGCCUUGCGCAACGUCCGCUUCGGAAGGAUCCUGGGAAACACGGUGGUGCAGUUCGAGAAGGCUGAGAACAGCUCGCUGAACUUGCAAGGGAAGUCCAAGGGUAAGGUGGUGCGCCAGUCGAUCAUCAAUCCGGACUGGGACUUCGGUAAAAUGGGCAUCGGCGGCCUGGACAAGGAAUUCAACUCCAUUUUCCGGCGGGCCUUUGCCUCGCGAGUCUUCCCCCCCGAACUGGUCGAGCAGCUGGGCUGCAAGCACGUUAAGGGCAUCCUCCUCUACGGUCCACCGGGCACGGGCAAGACCCUGAUGGCCCGCCAGAUCGGAACUAUGUUAAACGCCCGCGAGCCAAAGAUCGUGAACGGACCGCAGAUCCUGGACAAGUACGUGGGCGAGUCGGAGGCCAAUGUCCGAAGACUGUUCGCUGAGGCCGAAGAGGAGGAGAAGCGGCUGGGGCCCAACAGCGGCCUGCACAUCAUCAUCUUCGACGAGAUCGAUGCCAUCUGCAAGCAGCGUGGUUCUGUGGCAGGGAACAGUGGAGUGCACGACACCGUCGUCAAUCAGCUGCUCACCAAGAUUGAUGGUGUCGACCAGCUGAACAACAUCCUCGUAAUCGGGAUGACCAAUCGUCGGGACAUGAUCGAUGAGGCCCUGCUCCGACCGGGCCGUCUCGAGGUCCAAAUGGAGAUCAGUCUGCCCAACGAGCAGGGACGCGUGCAGAUCCUCAACAUCCACACCAAGCGAAUGCGCGACUUCAAAAAGAUCAACGAUGAUGUCGACUGCAAGGAGAUCGCUUCCCUCACCAAGAACUUUAGCGGAGCCGAGCUGGAGGGUCUUGUGCGUGCGGCCCAGUCCAGUGCCAUGAAUCGCCUGAUCAAGGCCGAUGCCAAGGUCACCGUCGAUCCCGAGGCCAUAGAGAAAAUCAAGGUGAAUCGGGAUGACUUUCUGCACUCCCUGGAGAACGACAUCAAGCCCGCCUUCGGAACGGCCCAGGAAAUGCUCGAGAACAUGGUGGCCCGGGGCAUCAUCAACUGGGGCACUCCCGUGAGCAAUUUGCUCGAGGACGGCAUGCUGUACGUCCAUCAGGCCCAAGCACCCGAGUCCAGCGGUCUUGUUUCUGUGCUUAUUGCCGGUGCCCCUAACUCGGGCAAAACUGCGCUGGCCGCCCAGCUGGCCAAGAUGUCAGACUUCCCCUUCGUCAAGGUCUGCUCCCCGGAGGACAUGGUCGGCUACACAGAGUCGGCCAAGUGUCUGCACAUCCGCAAGAUCUUCGACGACGCCUACCGUUCCACUCUCAGCUGCAUCGUGGUGGACAACGUGGAGCGACUGCUCGACUACGGUUCGAUUGGGCCGCGCUACUCCAAUAUGACACUCCAGGCCCUUCUCGUGCUACUCAAUAAGCAACCGCCCAAGGGCCGCAAACUCCUCAUCUUGUGCACCUCCAGCAGGCGUGAGGUGUUGGAGGAGAUGGAAAUGCUGACCGCCUUCACCUCGGUGCUGCAUGUGCCGAACCUCUCUAGUCCUGAACACGUCUUGGCCGUUCUCGAGCACACUGACCUCUUCAACAAGGGCGAAGUCCAGGCAAUUGGCAAGAAGAUGGCUGGCAAACGCGUCUUUAUUGGGAUUAAGAAGCUGCUGGGCCUGAUCGACAUGGCCCGACAAACAGAGCAGUCGCAGCGGGCCAUCAAGUUCCUUUCCAAGAUGGAGGAGGAGGGCGGCCUGGAUAUGGUGGCCCGACAAUAAGCCGUCACCCUUCUCUCCUGCUGUCUCAAUUAUUAGCUUCUAAGUGCAAUGAUGGGAAGGAAUGUCGACUCCAAAUACUCGUAUAGACCGCUAAAAUUAUACUCAAUACACAUAUAUGAUCCCACAAAUAUCCGAGCUAGGAUGGUGUUGUUUGUUCGGUCCCAGUCCAAAGAGUUUCCCGUGUCCUGUGCCCCAACCAGAGCGCAAUCAAAUCGACAGAUAUGUGAGACCCGUGACCUGAUAAUGGCUGAUGGAGCGAAAGAUUAUUCAAUUAUAUAUCAUGGCCGUCUAACUCGUUAAUAGCAUAAUAUAUUCACUCUCGUUCGUUUUGGCAGCAGGAGGACAAUCUUUCUCGUUAUUAUUGAUUAGGCCGCAGAGGCCACGGAGGAAGAGAUGAGCUUGAAAAAUAGGAUCUUUGUGAAAUACCUAUAAGACAGGCUUAUCGAUACAUACAUAUGUGUAUGAAUAUGUGCUU